GAAGUGACGCUCAAUAGGACUGCCCUCACUAAAGAUGGCGGCGUCCUUGUGGAGACUAAGUGGAUCUGUCGGAAAGAGGGUGCUUACGGGGCUAAAGGACAGAUCACAUCAGCCUAUACGAUCUGGACUUGGUAAGUACAGGUCCACUCAGGCAGCAUCACAAGUGGUUUUGAACGUUCCUGAAACAAAAAUAACUGCUUUAGAAAAUGGACUUCGAGUGGCCUCAGAAGACUCAGGACUUUCAACGUGUACGGUGGGCCUGUGGAUUGAUGCUGGAAGCAGGUAUGAGAAUCAGAUGAACAAUGGAACAGCGCAUUUUCUAGAGCACAUGGCUUUUAAGGGAACCAAGAAACGUUCUCAGUUAGACCUGGAGCUUGAGAUCGAGAACAUGGGUGCUCAUCUGAAUGCAUAUACCUCGCGGGAGCAGACUGUGUACUAUGCAAAGGCUUUCUCCAAAGAUCUCCCAAGAGCUGUGGAGAUCCUUGCAGACAUUAUUCAGAACAGCACCCUCGGGGAGACGGAGAUUGAGCGUGAAAGAGGAGUCAUUCUUCGUGAGAUGCAGGAAGUAGAGACCAAUUUGCAAGAAGUGGUCUUUGAUUACCUCCAUGCAACAGCUUAUCACAGCACUGCCCUGGGACGGACCAUACUGGGACCCACUGAAAACAUAAAAUCCAUAAACCGCAAUGAUUUGGUUGAGUACAUAACGGCGCAUUACAAAGGACCAAGGAUAGUUCUAGCUGCUGCUGGAGGUGUAUCGCAUGAUGAGCUUCUAGAUUUGGCAAAGUAUCAUUUUGGUAAUUUACCAGCUACAUAUGAAGGAGAGCAGCUGCCCCCAUGUUCGUUCAUGGGUAGUGAGAUUCGAGUUUGCGAUGAUAAAAUGCCUCUGGCUCACAUUGCCAUUUCAGUGGAAGCUGUUGGUUGGGCUCACCCUGACACAAUACCACUCAUGGUGGCCAAUACGCUAAUUGGGAACUGGGAUAGAUCCUUUGGGGGCGGAGUGAAUUUAUCCAGUAAACUGGCUCAGGUUACUUGCCAUGGAAACCUGUGUCACAGCUUUCAGUCAUUUAAUACGUGUUACACAGACACAGGACUCUGGGGUCUGUAUAUGGUGUGUGAGCCCAACACUGUGGAAGACAUGAUGCAUUUUGUGCAGAGAGAAUGGAUUCGCCUCUGCACAAGCGUUACUGAAAGUGAGGUUACACGAGCCAAGAAUCUCCUAAAGACAAACAUGCUUCUACAAUUGGAUGGAUCAACACCUAUCUGUGAGGAUAUCGGCAGGCAAAUGCUAUGUUAUAAUCGCAGAAUACCUCUGCCUGAGCUAGAAGCAAGAAUUGAUAUGAUUGAUGCUCAAACAAUACGGCAUGUGUGCACCAAGUAUAUUUACGAUAAAAGCCCAGCAAUUGCAGCUGUUGGACCUAUUGGACAGCUCCCUGAUUAUGACAGGAUACGAAGCGGAAUGUACUGGCUCAGAGACUAGAGCUGAUGUUUGCCCUUUUUACUGCCAAGUCUCAAAGAGAUGCACAAUUUCUAAUGAUCCUUGUAGGACUCCCAAGGGAUAGCCCAUCCCAUCACUUUUUUGUAUACUUUAAUAAUCAGCUUGUAACAUCUUCAAAAAGUUCUUAUCAAUAUUACAUCAGCCAUUUUGUGGCUUUGUAAACAAUUGUAAUGUACACACUUGGUAUGAGGUGAAAUGUAUAUAAAUGUGAAUCUAGCAGCUGAUGCCAGUAAUUGUAUCAAAUGACCACAACCACAAUCCGCAAAGAUAAACUGAUAUUAGUUUAAGCCUGUCUGGUGAUUAGAACUGUAAAUCUUUACAAGCUCUCAUGUGCAUUAAACAUAAAUGUAAAUUAUUCAAA